AUGGGAUCCAUCAAGACCACCAACCCCCUCGACAACGUCCCGCAAGAGGGCGUCCCCUUCUUCACCCCCGCCCAGAACCCGCCCGCCGGCACCGGCCUCUCCGGCUCCGACGCCCCGGCCCGGAAACUCUUCAGCCCCCUGACGAUCCGCGGCGUCACGUUCCAGAACCGCGUCUGGUUCUCACCGUGCUGCCAGUACUCCGCCAAAGAUGGCUACGCCACCGACUGGCACCUGGCCCACCUAGGCGGCAUCCUCCAGCGCGGGCCCGGCCUCUCCAUCGUCGAGGCCACCGCCGUCCAGCCCGAGGGCCGCAUCACGCCCUGGGACCUGGGCCUCUGGGAGGACGGGCAGAUCGCCGAGCUGAAGCGCAUUGUCGAGUUUGCGCACAGCCAGAACCAGAAGAUCGGCAUCCAGCUCGCCCACGCGGGCCGCAAGGCGAGCAUGCUGCCGCCUUGGAUCAGCGGGAACGGGAUGGCGACCAAGGACAACAGCGGCUGGCCGGACGAGGUCUACGCCCCUUCGCCGAUCGCGUUCGCCGACACGUACCCGACGCCCAAGGAGAUGAGCGUGGCGCAGAUCCAGACGUUCAAGGAGGCUUUCGUGGCCUCCGCCAAGCGGGCUCUGCAGGCGGGCUUCGAUGUGAUUGAGAUCCACGCCGCGCACGGCUACCUCCUCAACUCGUUCCUCAGCCCCGUGAGCAACAAGAGGACCGAUCAGUACGGCGGCAACUUCGAGAACCGGACGAGGCUUCUGACGGAGCUCGUCGACCUCGUGAGGAAGACCAUCCCGGAGUCGAUGCCGCUCUUCGUGCGGAUCAGCGGCACCGACUGGCUCGACCAGCUCCGCGACGAGUUCCCCGAGAGCUGGACCGUGGAGGACAGCGGCAAGCUCGCGGGUCUGCUCGCCGACCGCGGAGUCGAUCUGAUCGACGUCAGCUCCGGCGGCGUUCACCCCCGUCAAGGUGCCGGAAUCAAGCCGGAGGCGGGGUACCAGGUGCCCUUGUCGAAGCAUGUGAAGAAGGUUGCGGGCGACAAGGUCCUCGUUACGGCUGUUGGUGGGAUCAAGACUGGCGAGUUGGCGGAGGAAGUCGUGCAGAGCGGCAUUGAUGCCGUCUUCUGCGGACGCCCGUUCUUGAAGAACCCGGGGCUUGUCCAUGCGUUUGCUGAUGAGCUGGACGCCGAUGUGAGGAUGGCGAACCAGAUUGGUUGGGGAUUCCUCGGCCGGGGGAAGAAAUAG